UUCCAGGACUUUAAUAUCAGUAUAAAUUACUUCUCCUAAACACUUCCGGUGUUAAAGUGUGUAACUUGACUGUUUGUGAUGAGCCGACAUUAAACCUGCAGCAGCUUCCUCUUCUCUUCAGUCUCAUGCUGCAAACAUGUUGAAACUCGACGUGCUGCGGCUGUUUGUGGAUCAGCGGCUGACGGCGGCCACAGACGACAUUUUCCGCCUCUUUGCAAAAACGAUCGCAGAAUAUGAAGACGAAGUUUACCGCUCGAAGCAGGAGAUCGACCGGCAGAGGAGGCUGCUGGAGGCACGAGCAGCGGACACACCGGGAGAUGCACCGGGAGAUGCACCGGGAGGUGGGCUGCAGAUUUUUACCCCAGAAGAAGAGGAGCAGAUGAGGGGGCGGAGCUUCACGUUACACAUUAAAGAGGAAGUGAGUGGAGAGGCUGAGGACUUCCCUGAAGUGUUCAGUGUCAAACAGGAAGUGGGUGAGGGUCACAUGAUGCUGGAGGCUGCAGUCAGAACAGAGAUCAGCUGCCAGCAGGAAGAUGAUACGCAGGUUUUCAACACAGAAGAAGAGCAGCAGGUGGGGGGGUGGAGCCACCAGCUUGUUAAACAGGAAGUGGGCGGGGCUGCAGCUGAACCCGAGGAGUCGGACGCCAACUUCACGCAGAGUCUUGAUUGGCUGAUGGAGAGCGGCGGCGAUGACGACGGAGGUUCUUCAUCCAAUCAGAUCCAGUCUCACAGAGGGGAGGGGCUUCUGCUCUCCGGGGACGCCGUCCAAUCAGAGUCGUCUGCUGAGGACGCAGCUGCAGUUUGA